GCUAAGCCCAGGCUGGCUCUGUCAUCAGACUCAGUGCUUUCACGAUGCGAGGUACACAUCGUGGUAGAUAGAUGAUCGUACUCGUGAGGACGGAGAACCGGACCCAUUAAUUGAGAACAACAGAGAAGUGCCUGAACGACAAGUGUUUCUCUAGUAAGAUGCAUGAGUUCACUUGAAAGUAAAAUUGUUGAAGUCGUGGGAGACGAAGAGGCUUCAAAACUCCGUAAAUCGGACGAGUACGGAGCGAGGGAGACGUUUAUCAGUCCCGAGUUUUUACCGCCAAUUGGAAAACGAUCCAAGCUUCAGGAUUUCUUAGAAAGAAAAGAUUGUUUCAGGAGGCGAUUAGUCCUUGAUAUUCCAGAAUUCUACGUGGGAAGUAUUUUAGCAGUCACCACAGCUGAUCCAUAUGCACAGGGGAAAGAAAAGAGGUUUGUUGGCAUCUGCCUAGAGAGGAAAGGCUUUGGGCUAGGACAUACAUUUAUGCUAAGGAACGUGGUUGAUGGUUUAGGAGUUGAAAUCAUGUAUGAUUUGUACAGUCCACUCAUACGAAGGAUUGAAGUUCUCAAGCUAGAGAAACGUCCUGACGUUAACCUGCGAUAUUUACGAGAUUCACUACCCGAAUACAGCACUGUAGACCCUGACAUGAUAUCUAUAAAGCACGUACCAGGCCAUCCAAUUCCAGUCAAUGAUAUAAAGGUGAAAUUAAAGCCAAGACCCUGGACGAAACGAUGGGAACGAAUGGAGAUGCAAGGAAUUGAUUACAGCGAUGUGCCGCAGGAGAGAAUGGAGGAAGGGGAAAAAUGGCAUAUGCCGGAUCACACUCGAUAUGACCUGCUACAAUUAUGGGAACUUCCGGAAGAUUAUAGGAACCAGAUUGAACGAGAGGUAGAACAACAUGAACGAGAAAAAAGGGAACGGAACUUAAAUACCGGAGCAUGAAAGACUCAAAAUAUUAUAUAAUAAUAACAUUGUUCAUAUAAAGAUUUGAAACUGAAAUGUUACAUUGAGCUGAAAACUCAUUGCGUUGUACAACGGUCGUUCAUUCCCAGAUGACGCUGCGCUGAUUGUCUGACUGUAGGCAGUGGCGGACCAUAGGGUAAAUUUCAGGGUGUACUAGUGCCUGCUAGUGGGAAAUGUUACUACAAUCAAUGACUGUGUUUAAUGAAGUAAUAAUACAAAUAUAUGUUCUUUAUACCGGCUUGGUUGUUUCUUCUCUUCAAAAGUUUUGCAAUUCCUGUACGUUUAACAAAUUACAAUUUAUAUAAUAACAGCAAAAGUUUCUUCUAUACCGUGGUCCACAGCCUGCCCGUCCUGUGGCGUAGUGUCCCUAUUGUGGAUAAAGAGCACCAAAGACACGAAGGAGUGACCAGCAUCCGACUUAAACUUUUGACCUUUAAAGAAAGCAGUGUGCAUUACUGCCGCGCCAAAUUCUUUCAGAGAAAUUAUCGCAACACAAUAUCGCAUUUCCUGCAUUUAUCUUUUGGAUUUCAUUGGACUCUAUUCGCUGAAAUAGUGAAUUAUUAUAACAGGAAAUUUACAUUUUUUAAGUGCUGGUUUUAUUAUUUAAAAUAAAGCUAUGAUUUGACUUAGUUUUAUGAAUACCUGAAGAUGAGGUUGACGCUUAUUAGCAUUUGGCAUUAAAUGUUGACAUAUGCUGUUAUUAAAGAUAGAAUUGAAAGAGUGUCCAGUUAAUAAUAUUUGAUAAGGUUGAUAAUAAAUACAAAGAUGAUAAUAUUUCAAUU